UCGCCGUCGAGGCGGGCCCCACACAACUGUCUUCAGUGCCCGCUACAGAUCUUCCACUAUCGGACGGAGCUUCAACGACCAAUACUGGCACCGGCAGCCCCCCUGGAGUAUCUGCAGGCACCGAAACAUCACGCGGGGUCCUAGUGACUGAUACUAUGCCCUCGGAUACCGCAGGCUCAACUGGACUAGCGACGACAACCAAUUCCCCAGACGACACAUCUGACUCUGGCAUCGCAAGCAACAGAACCCUUGUCAUUGUCCUGAGCAGCGUGCUCUCGGUGGUGGGGGUGGCCUUGAUGGUGGGGGCGGUGCUGGUCUGCUUGAAAUAUCGACGACGGGGUCAGCUUUUCUUUUCGCGAGGCAUCUCACCCAUCGACGAUGACGAGAUUGCAACUUGGAAGUCACCGAGGGACGAGAAGGCCGGCUUUCACGGCGGAUUUACCGAUGUGGAAGCCGCCGCAGCCCUGGCCAAAGAGACUGGGGGCCCGUCACACGCCAAGCAAGCUUCGACAACCUCACUCAAGAAGCCGCCGAGUGUCAUCGUGUACAGCAACGCCCAGGGAUUCCGUCAGUCAACCGACGGUGGAUCCCGACGCUCUAUUCCACGCAAUCACCCAGCGUAUGGCAAGGUGAGCAUGGAACAGGGGCUGCCGCAAACGCCCAUCCAGGCCAAGGCGCCAAACGCUAGGGCAGGCCUCACGGACGAGACGAUGCCCGGGGACGCGCCAUUCCUGCCGAGUCCGAAGCGGCAGCCGUCGCGUCUUUCCAAGUUCCCGCCGAAUUCGGCGUCGCAGCGCUCCGUCCGCCACGCGAGAGCGAGGAGCUCGAGGAGCAGCACCCGCAGCUUUGGAGAAUACGGUUCCGGGGGGUCCGAAUUGGAGCUCUCGCCGCGCCAUUCCCAGGAUCAUGGGCGUCAUUCGCGCACCUACAGCCGCAGCCAUUCUCGCGUUUACUCUUCUUCAUCUGUACCCCCAAGGUUAUCGUUGGGUGAUGAGGUGCCCUUCAGCGGCAUCUCGCCGGUCAAACCAGUUUUUGGUGAAGGUGGAAUUGGCCGGGCCAUUGGCUGAAGGACGCCAGCAAUCUCCGACUCUACAUCUGCAGCAGAAUUCUUUUCUACGAAGACGGUGAUUUUCGAUUGUUUCUUCUUCCGCCGAAGCAACCCCAGGUCUGGGAUGCUAUUCGUACACUGGGCGGCGAAAGACCAGACCUUGCCCCAUUUCGAUUCUUCUUCCAUUCUUAUCUCGGAGUAUUGACAGACUGGCCCUGCAAUCCGGGUUUUAUGUUCACACUACGAGGGGUGGAGCCCCCUGGAGCCAUUCACGAUGCUUUUUUUCUUGCUCAGGCUAUUCUUCG